GCUCUAAAUAAUAAAAAUGAAAUGUCAAAUUUGAAGAAAUUAUAAGUCUAGAUAAGUCUCAUAAGUAAAUGAAUACUAUACUAUUGAUAUUAGUGGUUAUAUACUCUUUGAUUGAUAUCAUUUAUUCAUUGAUUGAUAUUGAAACGAAUAACCAAAACCAAAAUAACCACUAAAUUUUAACAAGAGGAGAGUUACUAAUUGAUAUACAUUACAUGGGUAUAAUCAGUUUUCUUUAAGACUUAAUGUGUAAAUAAAGGGAACGUUCGUGAACCUUAUGGAAUAAUCGAAAUCUUGUCGCAUACUAUGUGCUCACUCACACUUAAUUUGAAAAAUUGAUAUGCAAAUAAUGGGGGAAAAGGCAGAAAAUAUGACUGAGAAAGAAGUGCUUAACGAUUUCAAAGAGAGCUAUUAUAAAGUAAGAAAGUUACUCGACGAGGAGAGCAAAAAUGACCCGGAAACUGAGCCCUAUCUGUCCAAAUACAAAGCGAAAGAGUUAUUGUUGACCAUGCGCGAAUCUCUUACCAAAAUAAUAGGCUCCCAGACCGAUUUGGACAGGUUAAAGCUGGAUGCGAUGAUGGGAACGGUUCUCUUAAACAUCGGCAUCAUUAGCAUGGACACGGAAGAAUUGACGGCCAGCGAAAAGGUUCUUACGGAAGCAGUGGAUCUACUCUCCGAAAACUCGUUAAAACCAGAGGUCAUAACGACUGUGCUAAAUAUUUACAAUAAUUUAGGCAUUCUGUGGUCAAGUAGAGAUAAUCCGGAAUCAGCUAAAGUAUUUUUACUUAAAGCCAAAGAACUGUAUGAAUCUUUCAAAUGUACUUUACAAAUGCCUUUGCCUAUCGAACAAAUGAUUGUGAACUUUGAGGAGACUCCCGUAUCAGAUUUUAUGCUACUGGAGAAAGCAUAUACAUUGACUCUGUACUACUUGGCACAGGUGUAUGGUACAUUGAAAGAGAAUUUGAAGUCAGGUGUGUAUUGUCAUUCAACUCUGCGCAGGCAGUUGCAGUACUUGGACUAUGAGCCCAUAGAUUGGGCUUUAAAUUCUGCCACACUGUCUCAGUUCUUUGCUGAGCAGAAUGGUUUUUACCAGUCAAGACAUCACUUAGCAGCCGCUUCUACAAUCCUUGACAAGUAUGAGGAGAAAAUGAUGAAGUCGCCCAGUAAUGAUGAUGCAUUUUUAGCUAAAGUGGAAACAUUCAAACAUAGAUCAGCAGAUGUGGCUCGGUGCUGGGCAAAGUAUUGCCUGCUGCUUAUGACUGCUUCAAAGGCUAGGUUGAUGACGGACAGUGAAAUGAGUGCUGAUGCAGUAACUGACAUGUCCAAUUUGAAACUAGAAGACAAAGGAAAUAUCUGUGAUGGAGACAUUAAAAACCUAAUAUUCCCUGAUCUGGAUGUGUCUUCGUAUGAAAAGAAAAUUACUGAUAAGUUCCUCCUCACUUACCAAGAUGCCAAGGAAGUGUUUCUAAGUUGCCAGAGCUGGUUAAAUAAAGCUAAAGAAUACUACAAACUGGAUACUUUAGCAUCAGAUUACAUAGAGCUUGUUCAAGACAGUUCUCAAGCUUAUUCAUAUCUGGCAUUUUUUGAAGAGGAUGAUGAAAGACGUGCCAAAAUGCACAAGCGGCGUAUAGACAUGCUGGAAGAACUAAUCAAAGAAAUCAACCCUACAUACUACCUACAGUACUGUCGACAACUGUGGUAUGAACUCGGUGAAGUCUACACAGAUAUACUUAAUAUAAAAUUGGAAAAGCUAAAUAAUUCCAACGAGAGACCGACCCCACAUGCAUUGAAGAAAAUUAAUGCACUAUGUGAAAAGAGUAUUGAAAUGUAUGAUCAUUUUAUCAACUCCGUGAAGGAUAAAAAUGGUAAAAUGCAGCUUAAACUGGACAGUGAUCAUGUACGGCCUGUAAUAAGUGCAUAUGCAUUUAUAGGUAGAAAUAGUAUGAAGCGAAUUGCUCUAGAUAAGAACACUCAACUAGAGAAUGUUAAGAAGAGUUUUGACUCAUACCAGGCUGUAGUGGACAUCUGUACUAACGACCCUGAUGCAGCUUCAAUGAUGCAAGAAGAAUACAGUUUGUGUAAGGAGAUGGUGAAUAUUCUGCCUAUAAAGAUUAAAAAGUUACAAAUGGAGCAGCUUGAGUAACUUGCACUAUGUUGUUUGUAUGUUAUUCAAUUACUAUAGCUUUGCUAGUUUAGCAGCCACAUACAAUAAGUAAUUGGUUUCACAAAUAGCAAAAUUGUUGUUUCCCCCUUAAUCCCCUUAUGCUAAUAUUGAGGCCCAGCACAAGCAAGAUAAUCUUUGCUUUCAGAAUCAUUGCUGAGUUUCAAGGCAUGUAAGGUGAACUUUGCUGCCAAGUGAAGCAUAAAAAAUUUUCAAAUAUGCUCGGAAAUGGUCGCAUUUUGUUCGUAAAUCGAAAACGCAGUGCUUGAUUUUUAUCCCAGCGACGACAACGCCUGGCCGCCGGGCGCGGGGCGCGGACGUAGCUGGCAAAAAUGAAAUUCGUAUGAUUCAUUUUACUCCUAGUAGUAAAAUAACUGGUACAAAUUACAUUUCUGUCUGCUGCGCGCCAGGCGCGGUGCGCGCAACUACGCGGAGCGAAUGUGUACAUAACGUAUGGCACAUUCGCCAAAUAUAUAAUUCAGUGUUUUCUUACAUGUUUGAGAAAAACACUAUGUAUACCUCAGUGGAAACAGGCAUUUUCUGACUCGGACCUUUUGCCAGGCCUCGCCAAGCCUUGGCCUGGCAUCUAGGUACCUCAUUAGAAAAUGCCUUUCUUUCCAUCCCUGGGCAAUAAUAUACUAUUUCAUCACAGUAUUGAGAGGAAAAUACUAGCUGAAUAACAAUACAUUACAAAUCCAAUCCUAUUUAGUUUUAUCUUAUGAAACUACUUAUAAUCUACAUCUAACUAGCUUUUGCCCGCGACUUCGUCUGCGUGGAAUUAGUAAUUUGGGUAGCUUGUUUUUUUACCAAUGAGCUAUUUAUUGUUUCCCCAUACAAACUUUCACCUCCUUUUCACCCCCUAAAUUUUACCUGUUGAACAUUCAGCUUUUGGUAGCCCUGGUCUCCCAUCAGUACCGUCUCCAGAAGAAACUUGUUCAGCAAAAUAUUGCAGGCGCCGAGGGACGCGUGGGAAGCCACCUCCAGGUGUUCCAAGUCUUGGAGAACUCAACAUGAUUACAGCAAACAGUACCUACCUACUGCGUUAAACGUGUGGUAGCGCUGGCCAGGCACCUGCUUCAUCUGGCAGCCCUCCAGGUGUUCCAGGUCUUGUAGAACUUAACCUGCCUACACUCUUUGCACCCAGAAGCACUCCAGGUAUCUUGAGCUUUCCCCAUCAUAAACUACCAGCGGUAUGUUGAGCGAGAGUUACUCCUGACCCUUUGCACCUAGCAGCACUCCAGGUGUUCCAAGUCUUGGGCUGUAUUUAUCAUCCACUACCAGCGGUACGUUGAGCGAGUGUUACCCUUGACCCUUAGCACCCAGCAGCAUUCCAGGUGUUCCAGGUCUUGAGCAGAGUCAGAUGAGAAGAGAAGAGAACCCCCUUACACUUUUACGGGAUGAUUUCGGGAAUAAAAACUGUUCUGCAACCUUCCCCGCAACUAAAAAUCUGUUUUAAUGGUUUUCCAUACAAAGUUCUUUUCUACACUAUCCUAUGUCCUUCCCUGGGACUCAAACUAUCUCCAUACCAAAUUUUUUGAUGUAAAUCGGUUUAGUGCUUAUGCUUAUUGAUUCCCCGUACAAAUUUCCACCUCCUUUUUCACCCCCCUAAAGGAUGGAAGGAAGGAAAGGAGGAGGAAAACUACCCUAUGUCCUUCCCUGGGACUCAAACUAAGGGGUCACGGGUAAAGCGUGAAGAGGUAAGGGUAACACACAGACAGACUUUCGCAUUUAUAAUAUUAGUAUGGAUAUGGAUUGUCACAUUUCUAAAUAAAAUAAUGUGUUAAAGUAGUUAGUUUAUAACACACACUUCUUUGGUAGGAACAAAAAAAAUCUAAAAACAUUUGACGUUGACAGUAUUAACUCCACACAAAAAUAAAUUGCCAUAGGAAUCAUCAUUCGCCGCGUCAGGUCUCUUCACACCUAUCCUCUUCUCUUCUCUUAGCUUACCUUAUCUCCUCUCCUCAUCUCUCCUCUCCUCUUCUCUUCUGUCCUGUCCUGUGUCCUGCCUCCUGUCCUCAAUCCUUCCCCGGGGAUUUCUGGGAUAAAAAGUACCCUAUGUCCUUCCCCGGGACCAACCGGCACUCAAACUAUAUCUGAACCAAAUUUCAUCAGAAUCGGUUCAGCGGUUUAAGCGUGACACACUUUCGCAUUUAUAAUAUUAGUAUGGAUUACUUAGCACUCGUGUAAAAUCAUAAAAUGCAACUUUGCACACAGGUUUCGAAAAAUAAACGGAGCUUUUCCGAGCGGGUGUGAAUACUGUGAAUGGUGUGAUGAAAUUGUACAUUAUGCAAAAUCGCGAUCCCAGGGCUGAUCAGAUCCCAUAGUUGCUCAGUAGAUACGGUUAUAUAUUCAACUCGCAAAAUAUGGCCAAGGGUUGAAAAAACAUCCUGUAUGGAGUGUAUACUGUAUAUAGUCAUUUGGUACCAAGUGGUAUCUCAACAUGGGUUAAUUUUAGAGAUAAAUUUAUUCGACAUUUUAUGCUAUUUACAUGCAAGUCUUGGACUCUAAUCCAUUUUGUGUAAUUAUAUCUACUGUUAAUUGGUAUUGCCACAGGGCGGACACGCUAUACAUCAAAAAUCUUGCGUUUCUUUUCUAUGCGUGAACGGCACGUCUGUACACGUGUACGCGAAAAUAGUACUGAGCGGCCGGCAAACGGCCGUCAAUCUGCUGUCGCGGGGCGAGGUAAUUCGAGUCGGGGCGGGGCGGUGCGUGGCCGUUCUGUAUGAUAAUACUAUUACUUAUUCUGUGGUAUUGCUAUGUAAACACUAUUUGCACUAUAUUACAGGAUCGUGUAUUCCUUAUGUUACAAACAUAUUACACUACAUAAACACUUAUUACAAAUAAAG